AUGAAUUUCUUGUGUUGCUUCUGCAAUGAUAAAGCCGAAGUGAACAAUAAUCAAGUACAACCCAAUCCGACUGUAAUAACAACUGAACCAUUACAAAUAGUUCAACUAGUACCAAAGUUCUCGAAUCAUUCUCUACCAACGUCAACAUCUAGUACAAAGGUUGGCGUUGCACCAGAUUCUGAAUUGAAUUCACCUGCACGAUCGAUUGAGGUGUCUUUUGAAACUGAAAGUGAAACUGAAGCUGAGUCGGAAAAUAAUGAUAUUGUCUUUAUCAGAUCUAUUAAUCGUUCUGCAUUUGCUGAUAUAAGAUCUAUUCCUAUGUCAGCCGUUUAA